AUGGAGCUACUACUCGUCAAGGAGGCGGGCAGAGCCCAGGAAAUUGCCGACAUUCUCAGUCUGAUCAGAAACUUUGACCUGGACCACGUGCAGGAGAUCACCUUGGCUAUUACCCGGCUGAACGAUCUGAGCUGGGCUCUCCGGGAACUUGAUGUCCAGAUCGAUGCCGCGAAAGGCAUUCUCCUGAGGUCGUUCGCCGAAGACCUGGAACUUGUCCAGACCAGUGUCGCCUUUACUCUCCAAGAUGUCUGGACCAUCCUCGGCAAGGUCCCUCUCAAUCCAACUGGAAGAGACUAUCAAUACGCGUGGAAGGAGAUAUCCCGGUAUUGCUCUGAGAUGGGUAAACAGACUCUUCCUAUACGUUUAGAAACGUAUAAACUCUUUCUUUAUGCGCUCUGUAAGGUGUUGCAAAGGCAAUCCUACAAUCGACAUCAAAUGCAGGAUCUACGCCACGAAAUCUACGAUCUACAAUCCUUGCAACUCGAUAACAGAAGGUUGAUCUCGGCCACAGAGGCCAUUUCGAACCUUUCCAUAGUCCCAGCGCAGCAACCAGGCAGGCCAACCCAACCGACUCAACGCCCCAUGUCUCCUGCGUCCUCGCAAGACAGCUACCAGACUCUCCAGCACCAAGCGGCUCCCAGCCCGCCGGCGUUGUCCUCUCCUACCACCACGUUUUCCACCCUCAGCCAUUCUUCCAGUGCAGAUCCAGAUACGGACCAUUGGGCCUCUAAUAUAUUCAAUGACCUGUCGGCCACCUUUUUGGAAGAUGACCCCAGACUCUCGGGCUGCUUUGGGGACAGUUCCGGCAGAAGUCGCGGGUUUCCAGACCCUGAGUUUGAAAAGAUACUCCAAAUCAAAUUUCCUGGCGGUCUUCGGACGAAAUUCUACUUCCGUCCUCGCGACUGCCGUUGCAAGAUUGUGUGCGAAUGGCCGGACAGCAAAAAGGGGACUCGAUGGUCCUGUCUGCCCCUCACUGACCUGCACGUACGACGGUCCGGGCCAUUUCUGUACCUCUGUCGUCCGACCAUUACAGCUCCAAGCACCUGUUGGGCCAGUCUCAAGUUCACCUCCUACCAGUGGCUAGUGGUGUUCCAUUGCACCUUUUUGUCGCUACGAUCCCAUGAUAGUGUCAGGGCGGUCGGCAAUCGAUUCGAUCAUGUGCUGAAGGGAGAGACGAGCAAUUUUGCCGGAGCAAUACGGGACAGCGGAUACAAACAUGCCUUGCGACUGUAUAGGGACAAGAGCACGGAUGCCAUUCGCCUUGAGGCAUCGGUCCUCGAAGGAGAAAUGCAGCAUACGCCGAUAUGGACCGCGUUCAUCACACAUAGCAUCACUUCUCCUACAUGGUAUCGCUGGACGAAACACAGCUUUACCGUGUACCUCGCCGAGCUCCAACGGCACGUCUUCUCAUCACAAUACUCGCCCCAUAUCGCAGCAAACGGGGAACAUUUUCUCGAUUUUGAAUUGGUGCAAGACGCGGAAGAUUUUGUGCAGACCAUCGACGACUUUCGCGAAGAGUAUCGCCGUAAGAAACCGGCGCAGUAA